AUGUCCACGUCUUGGAAACCUCAGUACCGCCAUACCCCUCCUUGCCAACAGCAGCGCAAAGAUGAGUAUCUCGGCAUGUCCCCCGACAUCUUUGGCCUCGUGGCUGGGAUAUCUGUUGCGUUACUCCUAGCAGCUAUGUUCCUUUUUCCAAUGUACUACAUGGAGAGGCACGAGCAGCGCGGCGAUAAGAAAAAGAGCCAAAGGACACUGCUGCGUUCUAAAGGAAAUGGCAGUUACGGAGAUGCCAUGUCCUUUGACAUCACAAUUGGUGCCACGAGAAUCACCCACUCUCAAGGUUACCCAAGCACCAAAUCAGAAUUGAAGGCAGCCGAAACCCUAAUCAACGGGCUCGCCACCUUGCUGAACCAGAGUCUCAAAUCUGGUACACCUGGAAUGGACGACCCGUCUCCACCUACGACUUCCUGUCCAUCUAUGCCGCGGGAGCAGGGACGUUCGACGCCUCUCUCACCACCUUGUGUGUGCAGCUCUUCGAGAUCCCCCAAGGGUGAGGAAUCGGCAUCCGAACCCUCCAAGGUUGGUCAAGACGUAGAUGAGCCGUCUCGGAAGCCAGACUCUGAUGGCGGUCUCUCAAAUGUGCUGGCCAAGAAGCUUGCUUGCCCGUUCUAUCAACACGAUCCCGACGGACAAUUCCGAAAGACCUACUGUACAGGGCCUGGAUUUUCCAGCGUGGAUGAAGUCAGACAGCAGAGAAAGUUUCUGCGAAGACGAAUCCAUGGAACCCAAGAACAGCAGUGGCGUGCCAUCUACGGUAUCCUAUUCCCUGUUGAGCCGAGCGAAGACAUGCCGUCUCCGUACUUUGAAGACGCCCCAUUGAACACCGAUAUCAGUGACAAGAAAGAAGAGAGUGUCAACAAUGCGCAGCAACAGCAGCACUUCCGCCUCCAGCUUCCACACGUCCUGGACCGACGCUUGGUCGAGAACCCAACCAAUUCGGAAUCGGAAACUCCGACAGCGGAUUCGACGACACGGAACCGACGCGGGGAGAACGGGGACGGGGCCACCGUCGACGUGGUACGGGGCGCCCAGAAGGAACUGUACCGGAACUUCCGUCCCAUCCGACAACUAACCAUUGAGGACUUCUACGACUCUGCGCCGCUGUCACCUGGUGCCCCGGCCGACGAGACUGCAAACCCGGCCCAGCCAGACGAGUCGAGAGAGCGGCAUCAUUCGCAUGAUAGUUCUGACUUUGGGGUGCUGACCGAGUCUUCUAGGUCUGGGUCUAUUCAGUCAAGCGGGUUUGUGUACGCGUCUGACGAGUUUUCUAAGACGGCACCGACAGAAGCCGGCAACGGCAACAACGUCAACGAAUCCGAACCGUGGCGAUUAACCUUUGAGUCUGCUAGUCUUACAAAUUCUCUCCUUUCUCUCAAUCGCCGAACCGUCUUCCUCCCGGACCCCAAACCGACUCCAUAUCUUCGCCUUGCCGCCUACUACACGACAUCACCGUCUAAGCGAUCGAGCCGAACGAACCCCUCCACACCUCCGCACCUCACAAUGGAAGACGUCCCCCUCGAGCACGGCUCCCCGGAGCACCUCCUCCCGCCCAGCUGGAAGACAAUGGUAACAGCCUGGCUCGCCGAAGACACCCCCUCCUUCGACUACGGCGGCUUCGUCGUCGGCGCCGCCCCGCGCACCGCAACCCUCUGGGGCAAAUCAGGCGGCAUCGUCGCCGGCCGGCCCUUUGUCGACGAGGUCUUUGCGCAGUGCGGCUGCACCGUCGAGUGGCACGUCAAGGAGGGCUCCCACGUCGAGCUCCGCGGCCACGGAGACCAUAACACAAAGGGCAAGAUGCGCGUCGCGACCGUCUCGGGCCCCACGCGCGGGAUCCUGUUGGGGGAGCGGGUGGCGCUGAACACGCUUGCGCGGUGCUCUGGCGUGGCGAGCAUGACGAGGGGUAUGCUGGUGAAUUUGAGGGCGGCCGGGUAUGCUGGUGUGCUGGCGGGUACGCGCAAGACGACGCCUGGGUUCCGGUUGGUGGAGAAGUACGGUAUGCUUGUGGGCGGUGCGGACGCGCAUAGGCAUGAUUUGAGUUCGAUGAUUAUGUUGAAGGAUAAUCACGUCUGGAGCAAGGGGAGCAUCACGAAUGCGGUCAAGGCGGCCAAGAGCGUGGGCGGCUUCAGUUUGAAGGUCGAGGUUGAGGUGCAGAGCGAGGAGGAGGCGGACGAGGCGAUUGCGGCCGGGGCGGAUGUUGUCAUGCUGGAUAACUUUACGGGCGAGGGGGUUAAGAUUGCGGCCAAGAGCUUGAAGGAGAAGUGGGCGGGGAAGAAGUACUUCUUGGUCGAGGUCUCUGGUGGGUUGACGUUGGAAAACGUUGAGAACUAUGUGUGUAAUGACGUUGAUAUUGUUUCGACGAGUGCCAUUCACCAGGGCGUACCACACGUGGAUUUCUCACUCAAGGUUGAGCACUAG